GUCAGUCGCGCUACAGCGAUCGAGUGUCACGAUCGAUAAGAGGGCAAAACAAGAGUGGACUCCAAAAUAGGAAUAAAUACCAUCGAAAGGAUAAAGUGCUAGAGUUACAGCCACAGCAUGGAUCGGGACCGGGACGAGGCAUCCGUCUCGACCAGCGAUGCAAAGUCUGGGGAGGAAAUACCAGUGGCCGCUGGCCUGGAGCCCACCGAGCCGAUCAGCUUCUGGCAACUGUUUCGCUUCUCCACAUAUUGCGAACUCUUUUGGCUCUUCAUCGGCUUCUUUAUGUGCUGCAUCAAGGCGCUGACGCUGCCCGCUGUGGUCAUUGUCUACAGUGAGUUUACGGCCAUGUUGGUGGAUCGUGCCAUGCAAGUGGGCACCAGCUCAACGGUGCAUGCCCUGCCCAUUUUCGGGGGCGGCAAGAAACUAACGAAUGCCACACGCGAAGAGAAUAAUGAGGCUCUGUACGAUGACUCGAUAUCGUAUGGCAUCCUGCUCACUAUAGUCUCGUUGAUCAUGUUCAUAUCGGGCAUAUUUUCGGUGGACAUCUUCAACUUUGUUGCCCUGAGGCAGGUGACGCGCAUGCGCAUCAAGCUCUUCGAGUCGGUGAUGCGACAGGACAUUGGCUGGCACGAUCUGGCCACCAAGCAGAACUUUGCACAGAGCAUGAUCGAUGACAUUGAGAAGAUACGCGAUGGCAUCUCGGAGAAGGUGGGCCACUUUCUCUAUUUGGUGGUGGGCUUCAUCAUAACGGUGGGCAUAUCCUUUGGCUACGGCUGGAAGCUGACGCUGGCUGUGAGCUGCUAUAUACCGCUGGUCAUCGCCGUCAACUACUACGUGGGCAAGACCCAAGGCAAGCUAACGGCACGCGAGCAGGAGUCGUAUGCAGGCGCAGGCAAUCUGGCAGAGGAGAUCCUUAGUGCCAUACGCACCGUGGUCUCCUUCGGCGGCGAGAAGCACGAAGUGGAGCGCUUUGAAAACUUCCUGGUGCCCGCCCGCAAGGCCAGCCAAUGGAAGGGCGCCUUCUCGGGCCUGAGCGAUGCCAUUCUGAAGUCGAUGCUCUUUCUCUCCUGUGCGGGCGCGUUUUGGUAUGGUGUGAAUCUCAUCAUAGACGAUCGUUUUGUGGAGGACAAGGAAUACACGCCAGCCAUUCUAAUGAUUGCCUUCUUUGGCAUCAUUGUGGGCGCGGAUAAUAUAGCCCGCACGGCGCCGUUCCUCGAGUCAUUUGCCACCGCGCGUGGCUGUGCCACUAACUUGUUCAAGGUCAUUGAUCUGCCCUCGAAAAUCGAUCCCCUGUCCACGGAUGGCAAGCUUUUGAACUAUGGCCUGCGCGGCGAUAUUGAGUUCCAGGAUGUCUUCUUUCGCUAUCCUUCGCGCCCAGAGAUUAUUGUGCAUCGCGGCUUGAAUAUCAAGAUCAGAGCGGGUCAAACGGUGGCUCUAGUGGGUUCCUCGGGCUGUGGUAAGUCCACUUGCAUACAGCUAUUGCAGCGCUUCUAUGAUCCCGUCUUUGGCGCUGUGCUUCUGGAUGAGCUGGACAUACGCAAAUAUAAUAUUCAGUGGCUGCGCUCGAAUAUUGCUGUGGUCGGACAGGAGCCGGUGCUGUUCAUGGGCACCAUAGGUCAAAACAUUAGCUAUGGCAAACCGAAUGCCACGCAGAAGGAAAUCGAAGCAGCGGCCACCCAAGCCGGUGCUCAUGACUUCAUUAGUCAGCUGCCAGAGAGCUAUCGCACUAUGAUUGGCGAGCGUGGCUCCCAACUGUCUGGCGGCCAAAAGCAACGCAUUGCCAUUGCUCGAGCCCUGAUACAGAAUCCAAAGAUCUUAUUGCUGGAUGAGGCCACCUCGGCCUUGGACUACAACUCCGAGAAACUGGUGCAACAGGCGCUGGACCUGGCCAGCAAAGGACGCACCACAAUUGUGGUAUCCCACAGACUGUCUGCCAUUCGGGGUGCAGAUAAAAUCGUUUUUAUAAACGAGGGCAAGGUGCUGGAGGAGGGCUCACAUGAUGAUCUGAUGGCCUUGGAGGGCGCCUACUACAACAUGGUCAAGGCAGGUGACUUCAAGAUGCCGGAGGACCAAGAAAACGAAGAGAAUAUAGACGAGGCAAAGCGCAAGAGUCUAGCGCUGUACGAAAAGUCAUUUGAGACAAGUCCGCUCAAUUUCGAGAAGAAUCAGAAGAACAGCGUGCAGUUCGAGGAGCCGAUUGUGAAGUUCAUCAAGGACAGCAACAAGGAGAAGGAGAUUGUGCCAGCGCAGAAGCCUCAAUUCUUUAAGAUCUUUGCAAGAAUCGUAGGUCUAGCGCGUCCCGAGUGGUGCUACCUGAUAUUCGGCGGCAUUUCGGCCAUUGCUGUGGGCUGUCUCUAUCCGGCCUUCUCCAUCAUCUUUGGCGAGUUCUACGCCGCUCUCGCUGAGCGGGACGAGGAGGUGGCGCUCAGUCGCACUGCGGUGCUCUCCUGGGCUUGCUUGGGCAUCGCUGUGAUCACCGGCCUGAUCUGCUUUCUGCAGACCUAUCUCUUUAAUUACGCCGGCGUCUGGCUGACCACACGUGUGCGCGCGAUGACCUUUAAGGCGAUGCUCAGCCAGGAGAUCGGCUGGUUCGAUGAGGAACAGAACUCGGUAGGCGCGCUCUCAGCGCGCUUAUCUGGCGAGGCAGCCGGCGUGCAGGGUGCCAUUGGCUAUCCGCUGAGCGGCAUGAUUCAAGCUCUAGCGAACUUCAUUUCGGGCGUAUCGGUUUCCAUGUACUAUAAUUGGAAGCUGGCGUUGCUGUGUCUGGCCAACUGCCCCAUUAUUGUGGGCUCGGUCAUACUAGAGGCGAAAAUGAUGUCGAAUGCCUUGAUCAGAGAGAAACAAGUCUUAGAGGAGGCCUCUCGCAUUGCCACUGAGUCCAUUACGAAUGUGCGAACGAUCGCUGGCCUGCGACGCGAGGCAGAGGUCAUUAAGCAAUACUCGGAAGAGAUUCAGCGUGUGGAGAUUCUCAUUCGACAGAAGCUGCGCUGGCGUGGAGUCCUCAACUCCACCAUGCAGGCUUCGGCCUUCUUUGCCUACGCCGUGGCGCUCUGCUACGGCGGUGUUUUGGUCUCCGAGGGUCAGGUGCCCUUCCAGGAUAUUAUCAAGGUAUCUGAGACACUGCUCUAUGGCUCCAUGAUGUUGGCCCAAUCGCUGGCCUUUACACCUGCCUUUACCGCCGCCUUGGUCGCUGGCCAUCGCCUGUUCCAGAUCCUGGAUCGCAAGCCGCGCAUUGUCUCGCCCAUGGGCACUAUCAAGAAUACGCUGGCCAAGCAACUGAAUCUCUUUGAGGGCGUGCGAUAUCGCGGCAUCGAAUUCCGUUAUCCCACGCGACCGGAUGAUAAGAUUCUGAAUGGCCUGGACUUGGAGGUGCUGCAGGGUCAAACGGUGGCCCUGGUUGGGCAUUCGGGGUGCGGCAAGUCCACAUGCGUGCAGCUGCUGCAACGUUACUACGAUCCAGAUGAGGGCAGCAUUCACAUUGAUCAAGAUGACAUUCAGCACGAUCUAACACUGGAUGGCGUACGCCGUAAGCUGGGCAUUGUCUCACAGGAGCCGUCGCUCUUUGAGCGCACCAUUGCCGAGAACAUUGCCUUCGGGGACAACCGUCGCACUGUGCCCAUGGCGGAGAUAAUUGCAGCGGCCAAGAGCGCCAAUGCACACAGUUUCAUCAUCUCGUUGCCCAAUGGCUACGAAACGCGCAUGGGAGCACGAGGCACGCAGCUGUCCGGUGGCCAGAAGCAACGCGUGGCCAUCGCUCGUGCUCUGGUAAGGAACCCACAGAUCCUAUUGCUGGACGAGGCCACUUCAGCUCUGGACUUGCAAGGCGAACGAUUGGUUCAGCAAGCUUUGGACUCGGCCUGCUCUGGACGCACCUGCAUUGUGAUUGCCCAUCGCCUCUCGACAAUUCAAAAUGCUGACGUCAUUUGUGUGGUGCAGGGCGGCAGAGUUGUGGAGCAAGGCACACAUUUGCAGCUGAUUGCCCAGCGCGGUAUCUAUGCCAAGCUGCACAGGACCCAAAAGGAUCAUUGAGAUUUUACUUUUGAGAUUUUUAUA